AUGGGUGUUCCUUCGAUGCUUUCUCGUCAGAGGGGCCUUUCCCUCAGCAGUACGGUGACGGUUUGCAGCGCGAUUGUUUCCAGAUCGCUGAAGAAGGGUCAGGCCGGCAGAGCACAUGCAUGCGUUCCUGCCCGCUCUUCAUUUCCGACGCCUGGACAGCGCAAAACUCCGAGUGCAACUCCUGUCGCCCCCUCCCUCCCCCGAACAGAGGAAGGCGAGGUCAGGAGUCCGUGCCGGCCUAGCAGCGCGCGAGGGAAGGGCAGUUUCUGCCGAGCUGCGUCCUGCGAGUCGGCUGCUCUGCUCUGUCGCUCUGGAAAAACGCCGUCAGGAGCUCGCGGGAGAUCCGCUCUCUCCCCAGACCACCGCCUGCUUCCUUUCCGUUCGGUGCGCCUCGUCUCUUCCCUGCCAGAUCGAGCGAAUGGCCGCGUUACAGACAGGGAAGAGAGGGUCUCUCGGGCGUAUCGUGCGGGCUUCUCCACAGUCUCAGAGGCGUCGCCUACAAGCAAAGAGGCAGCACGCGCCGCAUCGUCUGCGUGCGCGGAGCCUUCGAAUGCCCCUGGCUGCCAGCAGGACGGAGCUGCUGGCCGCGCAGCGCUUCCCGAGGCCCUCGAGGCGAACAGCCUCGUCCCAGCGGAGAUGGGGAGCGGCUCUGAGAACACGGGCGAGGGGGUGACUGCCUCGCCCGACGACUUCGCCAGGAAUCCCGACGAAAUCGUGGCUGCUCUGGACAAAUACAUCGUCGGUCAGGAUGCUGCGAAGCGGAGUCUGGCGAUUUCUUUGAGAGAUCGCUGGCGUCGUCAAAACGUGAAGGAUGAAAAGCUGCGGCGCGAGAUAGCGCCAAACAAUCUCCUCCUCAUUGGACCUUCUGGAUGCGGAAAGACUGAGCUAGCCAAGAGACUCGCCUCUUUCGCCGGCGCCCCUUUCGUGAAAGUCGCGGCGACCCGAUUCACAGAAGUGGGCUUCGUCGGAGACGAUACGUCUUCCAUCGUGCACUACCUUGCUCAGCAAGCCUACGCAGAUGAGAAGGAAAGAAUGAAGAAGGUCAUCUUCAAGGAGGCGGCAAGCCGUGCUAGACAGGAAGUGGCACGAGCUCUUCGGGAGCAGGGCGCAAUGAGCGACUCGGUGGAAGUCAUCACCGCGAUGAUUAAGGAUGGACGGCUUGACGAGGUCGAAGUCGAAGUCGACGAGAGUCUCCUCCAGAAGCACCCUGAAGGUCCCCAAGACCCGCUCUCGGCGCUCUUUUCCUCGCUGGGGAAGGCCAUGAGUUCUCAGCGCGGCAAUCCAUUUGCGCCGCCGGGCGGCUUCCCUGGCGGGCCGUCCCCCGCCGCCUUCGGACUCCCCACGCCUGUGGCGCCUUUCGCGCCCGCGGCUGGAGGCGGACGCAACGGCAGGGGCCGCGGGGGGUCGAUUCCAGGGAUCUCCUUCUCGGUGCCCAUCGGGCUCUUUGGCGGAAACAAUCAAAAGCACGAGGCGGAGCAAAGGAAGAAAGUGAAGGUUAAGAAGGCGAUAGCUGCCAUGACAGAGCACUUCGCAAAUGAAAUGACGGACACCGAGGAUGUGCAGGAACGGGCGCGAGAGGCGGCGGAGAACCGGGGAAUCGUCUUCAUCGAUGAAUUUGACAAGCUGGUUGAGGAGCGCAGUGGAAGUGACAACUCCGCUUUCAGAUCAAAACGAGUGGGCGUCCAGAGAGAGCUGCUGACGCUUAUAGAGGGAACGUCGGUGCCUACGCAGCUGGGGGUGAUCAACACCGACCACGUCCUCUUUAUCGCCUCAGGAUCGUUUCUCGCUUGCAAGCCUUCCGACAUCAUCCCUGAGCUGCAGGGCCGUUUACCGGUACGCAGCGAUCUGAAACCUUUGACGGAAGAGAAUUUCGUCCAGAUUCUGACAGAGACACAGUAUAACCUCCUAGACCAGCAGAGCGCGCUGCUCGCAACGGAAGGAGUGAAGCUCACGUUCGAAGAGAGCGGUAUUCGGGAGAUAGCACGCAUUUCCCAUCAUCUUAACACAGUGAACGCUAACGUCGGCGCGCGGCGACUGAAGACUGUCCUGGCAAAAGUCUUGGAGGAUACCAAAUUCGAAGCACACACGCGUCGCGGAUCGGAGGUCGUGGUCACGAAGGAAAUGGUAGAGGAACGACUUCGGCCUUUAAUGGAACAAGCGGACCUAUGCAAAUACAUUCUUUAG